AUGAAGCCUACCAUCUCCAUCCAGCCUUUGACACACCCCAACUCCGAGGUCGACUUCGGCGCGGAGAUCCGCUAUGCAGACCUGGAGAAUCUGAGCGACGAAGACUUUGCCCUCAUCCGGGACGCGCUGUACAAUCACCACGUCGUGGUGUUCAAAGACCAGCAGAGCCUGUCGCCCCGGGCGCAGUACGAGCUGACGAAACGCUUCGACCCGGCGUCGGACAACUACGGGCACGGCAAGACGCUGGACGCGAAACGCAGCAUCCUGCACCCAGACCUGAAAACGGUACCGCACCAGCCGCAGGUGCAGGUGAUUGGCAACGGGUUCGUGGAGGAGUACGAGGGCCUGCAGAACGUGCAGCUGCGGCAUCCUCACCACCGGACCUUCCACCGCGACCACAUCCCCGACGAAGAAGACUACGACUUCACCCGGUUCUACCGCUGGCACAUCGAUGCCGCGCUCUACGACCUCAACCCGCCGCGGGUGACCACCCUCAUGGCCGUCUCGGUGCCCAAGGGCCGUCGCCAGACGCUGCGCUACGAUGAUGGGUCUAAUGAAACCCUCGACGUCCCGCUCGGCACCACCGCGUUCGUCAGCGGCCAGCGCAUGUUCGACCUGCUCUCCCCGGAAGACCAGGAGUUCGUCCGUACCUCGCGAGUAGAAUACGCUGCUCAUCCGUACAUCUGGAUGAGUCCCGCCCGCUCCCUCCCCACAGGAUUAGGCCUCUACACUGAAGACCGCGAGCUGGCCGAAUCCGACCUCCCCCCCAUCGACGAAUCCAAGAUCCUCACCCUGCCCAUGCUGUGGAAGAACCCCGUGUCAGGCAAGUUCGCCCUGCAGGUACACCCGUCUGCCGUGCGGCGCAUCCACCGCGCAGACGGCACCGUGAUUGAUGACCUGGCGACCGUCCGCGAAACAGUGUACAGACUGCAGCGGCCGGCCAUCUCGCCGCAGUACGUGUACGCGCACGACUGGCAGGAAGGAGACCUCGUCCUCUUCAACAACCAGGGGGUUCUCCAUUCCGUCGUGGGGGCUUUCAAGCCUGACGAGCUCCGUUUGUUCCGCCAGUGUAACCUUGCUGCUUCGGAGCCUCCAGUGGGGCCUUAG